UUGACGUGAACGGAUGCUUAACGGUUAAAACGUUACAAACGCGUCAUAGUGAAAAGUUGCAAGAAAAAAGGGGAAAAAAAUCUGUUCAACAUUUGUGUGCUGCUUACAAAAAAUAAAGAAAGGCAAAAGUGUUUGAACGAAAAAAGAAAAUUAAAAAAUUAAUGAAAAGAUAUACAUACAUCUUGUAAAUAAUGUGUAUAUACGUUGGAAAAAUUUUGAAAGAAAGCAUAGUUUUAAAUAUUGGGUGCCAAAAGAAAUUGAGCAUUUAAAAUCACAUGUAUAUAAGGAAAAAAAUUCUGUCUACUAGAAGAAAGAAAAUCACACACAUACAUGCACGCGCAUACGCACACACGCACACAUAUCAUAUACCAAUUUGUAAAUUAGGGCGAAUGGAAAGCAGCAUGAAAAAGGCGUUGCUUUAAUUGUGGUCAGUAAAGUAAAUGCGAAAAGAAAAAAAAAUAACAAAAAAAAGAAAAUAUUAAAGGAUUUAUUUAUUUUAAAAAAUCUGUGUUAAAUAACUAGUUAAACACCGCGCAGCUAACGGCAUUUCGAUUCAAGGAAAUACUUGAAAGUUAACUUACAAAUAUAAAAUGUGUACAAAAACGUGCAGAAACGCAUAGAAAAGCAGCUUAAAACGUCUUCGAAUAUACAUACACAAGAAGUGGGCACUGCCAGUCUUCAUGCUUAGAGAAGCAGCUUUGCUUUGAAAAGAAAAAAACGAAUAUUGUAUUUGUAUGGAUACCACGAAGAGUGAUUGGAGCAUAGAGAGCUACUGAAGAAUUCCAAAAUUUAACAACGCAAUAUUUUGCAGCCACAGAAGUGAGUGACCCUAUAAAAAAGGCGUUCAGCAGUUCAUACAAAUCAUGGGCACCGGUCAUUACUUUUGGGCGAUAUUCUAUUUUGCCAGUUUAUGUAGUGCAUCGCUAGCUAAUAAUGCCAAAAUAAAUUUCCGAGAAAAGGAGAAAAAAGUCUUAGACCAAAUUUUAGGUGCAGGAAAAUAUGAUGCCAGAAUACGUCCAUCCGGAAUAAACGGCACGGAAAAUGCGCCCACACUUGUCUAUGUCAACAUGUUUCUACGGUCAAUCUCAAAAAUCGAUGAUUAUAAAAUGGAAUACAGCGUGCAAUUGACAUUCCGUGAGCAGUGGACGGAUGAACGGCUGAAAUUCGACGAUAUUCAAGGUCGUCUUAAGUACCUAACUUUGACUGAAGCAAACCGAGUUUGGAUGCCCGAUUUGUUCUUCUCCAAUGAAAAGGAGGGUCAUUUUCACAAUAUAAUUAUGCCAAAUGUAUAUAUACGCAUCUUUCCUAAUGGCUCCGUAUUAUAUAGUAUUCGUAUCUCAUUGACGCUGGCAUGUCCCAUGAAUCUAAAACUCUAUCCAUUGGAUCGACAAAUUUGCUCACUGCGCAUGGCGAGUUAUGGUUGGACAACAAACGAUCUGGUAUUCCUAUGGAAGGAGGGUGAUCCAGUGCAAGUGGUUAAGAAUUUACACCUACCUCGCUUCACUCUUGAAAAAUUCUUGACUGAUUACUGCAACAGUAAAACCAAUACGGGUGAAUACAGUUGCCUCAAAGUCGAUCUACUAUUCAAGCGAGAAUUCUCAUAUUACUUAAUCCAAAUUUAUAUCCCAUGCUGUAUGUUGGUCAUUGUCUCAUGGGUGUCAUUCUGGCUUGAUCAAGGCGCCGUACCAGCACGUGUGUCGUUGGGUGUCACCACCCUACUCACCAUGGCCACACAAACGUCUGGCAUAAACGCCUCACUGCCGCCUGUCUCCUAUACGAAGGCGAUCGAUGUCUGGACCGGCGUCUGUUUGACAUUCGUCUUUGGUGCUUUACUUGAAUUUGCGCUGGUGAAUUAUGCCUCCCGUUCAGGUUUGAAUAAAGCUAACAUACAUAAGGAGAAUAUGAAAAAGAAACGUCGCGAUUUGGAGCAGGCCAGCUUAGAUGCUGCUUCAGAUCUGCUCGAUACAGACAGUAAUGCAACAUUCGCAAUGAAGCCACUGGUGCGGCAUCCCGGUGAUCCGAUGGCCCUGGAGAAGUUACGCCAAUGCGAGGUGCACAUGCAGCCGCCAAAACGUCCAAACUGCUGUAAGACCUGGCUAUCAAAGUUUCCUACAAGACAAUGUUCUAGAUCAAAGAGAAUCGAUGUUAUAUCACGGAUAACUUUCCCAUUGGUUUUUGCGUUAUUCAAUCUGGUCUACUGGAGCACAUACCUCUUCAGAGAGGAGGAGGAUGAGUAAAUGCCAAAAUCUUAAUUAACUGAAAUUCUCAAUUACUAUAUACAUACAUAUUUAUAUAAAGAAUUUAUCAGCAAGGAAAACGCUAAUGUAUUUAUCUAUUUUUGUUUCGGUUCAUUUUAUUUUGGUUUCUUUAUAUUUUUCAUUUUCCUAAUUUGCUACUUAUCGGUUUGGCUUCUUCAUCAUUAAUUGCAAAUUUAAAGGACCUUCUAAGCUUGAAAAGAAUGAAUUUAAAGUUGAAAACUAUGAAAACACAACCGAAGUGCGGAAAAAAACUAGGAAUAAGCGGCUAUGUAGAAUCCAAAAAUUAUUAAAAAAAAAAAUAAAAGAAAAUCAAAUCAAAAAUUAACAUUAAAUCGAAACAAAAACAACAACAAAGUAACAAAAGAAGCAUUACGCCCGAAUCAUUUUUAUGGCAGAAAAUACAGCAUACUUACACGUACAUAUGCUCGUACAUAUAAGUAUUACAACGUGUAAGAUCAGCAGCCAGAAUAUGGGAAAAUUGAAUAAUAAAACAAUUACUGAAGGAAUAAUAAUGUUACAAUAGUUAAAUAAGCACACACAAUAUAAUAUUAAGUAAAUUAACGAUGAAAUAGACAAAUUGCGAACACAUAUAUACACAUAUAUGUAAAUGUGUAUGUGUAAGUUACGAGAUUAGAUUAUUAACUAUACAUAUAAGUAGAUGUAAGUAAAACAUAUAUGUAUGAAUGUAUAUGUGUAUAAAUAUGUUCAUUAAAGGUAGCUAUUAAAAAAAUUUUGUAUUAUACAUAUAUAUUCGAUUAUGAAAACUCGUUUCGCUUCAUGAAAACAUCUAGGCAACGGUAGUUUUGUGGCGAUACGAUCAUAUAAAAUUUCCAUUCGACUUUAUGUUUAUUGAUAACUAACGAAUUACGUUCAAAAAUACAUAAAUAACUGAAUCAAUUGUAUUGGUAUUGUGUAAUUUUUAGUACAUUUUUUAUUAUUUCACAUAUGUAUGUAUGUCAUCUGACUUGUACUUAACAUUUUAUUGGUAAAACUUCAAAAAACUUCGUUGUCAUAAUGACAGAUAUUUCUUGAUGGUAAUCGAUAAAAAAACAUUCACGCCGAUAUGAAAGAGCAUACGAUAUACAUACAUAUUAUAUUAUAUAGCGUGCAUGGAUUCCUGCCGAAAUGCUUUGGGAGUCUCAAAACAGUCCUGAAGUGGUCAUCAAUUUAUUUCAAUUCGCAAAAAUUUUAUCGAAUGGAAACCCAGUAAAUACAAUAUAUAUGUAAAUACCUGCAUUUACGUAGUAUACUAUGUAUAUGUUUAGAGAUAAAUGUGGAGGGAAUUAGCAGAUUUUCUUUUUAAAUUAUUUCGAGGAAAAUUAUUUCAGCUUUCACUUUGUUUUGGACGAAAAUUUCCUUGAAAAAUUGAAAAAUUUAAAUUUGCAGCAAAUUGUAGGUUUUUGGGCAUUUUUAGAUUUCAUAUUAUGGACGAUAUUUACGUAAGAUAAAAUUUUUUUUUGUAAAAUGGACAAUGUUGGGUGAAAAGGUUAAAUAUUUACAUGUAUAAUGUCUAGAAAAAAUUAAUUUUCAUGUUUCUUCUUAGAGCUUAAUACAUAUUAUUACAUAGUAUGUACGAGUAUGUACAUACGAGUAUAUACGAGGGUGUAUGUGUGUACUAAAUAUAUAAAAACACAUCUGAAAGUCUUAUCGAUGCCAAUCAAGUUGUAUUCUAUGUUUGUAAAUAUGAUCGUUACUAUUUAAUCGUAUCACUCAUCUUGUAGGCCACAACGUUACCAGAAAUCUUGAAUUGCAUAUACAUAUGUAAACACGAGCAUGUAUUUGUAUGUAAUUAGAAAUAUAUGAAAUAUCAAGCUUGCUACUAAGAACGUAAGUUAAGCAAAUUAAUAAGUAAAAUACAAAACUAAAUCAGUUGAAAAAACUUGUUUUUUUCGAGAGCAAUAUGUGUUAGUUUAUAAUUUGUUUGUAAAAUAAAAUGUCAGUGUUUUUGUAAAAUUAAAUACAAUUAUGGUGAAUUAAUUUCCGUUUAAUUA